AUGCGUGAGAAGAUGAUGAUGAAUCCUCUCAUCCGUAAAACGUGGGAGAAGAUGAUGAUGAAUCCUCUCGACUGUAACACGUGGGAGAAGAUAAAGAUGAAUCCUCUCGACUGCAGCACAUUUCGACUGCAACAUGCGGAAGAAGAUGAAGAUGAAGACGAAUCCUCUCAGCUGCAACACAUGAAAGAAGAUGAAGACGAAUCCUCUCGGCUACAACACAUGAGAGAAGAUGGACACGAAUCCUCUCGACUGCAACACAUGAAAGAAGAUGAAGACGAAUCCUCUCAACUGCAACACAUGAAAGAAGAUGAAGACGAAUCCUCUCAGCUACAACACAUGAAAGAAGAUGAAGACGAAUCCUCUCAGCUGCAACACAUGAAGGAAGAUGAAGACGAAUCCUCUCAGCUGCAACACAUGGUAGAAGAUGGAGACGAAUCCUCUCAGCUGCAGCACGUGAGAGAAGAUGAAGACAAAUCCUCUCAGCUGCAACACGUGGGAGAAGAUGGAGACGAAUCCUCUCAGCUGCAACACGUGGAAGAAGAUGGAGACGAAUCCUCUCAGCUGCAACACGUGGAAGAAGAUGAAGACGAACCCUUUCAGCUGCAAUACGUGGAAGAACAUGAAGAUGAAUCCUCUUAG